AUGGGUAGAUCGUCGCCUCCAUUCCUUUAUGAGCGCCCGUCCGCCUACAGUUUUAAAGGUCCCACCGACCGCGAUUUUAACCCGAGGGUCGCGACAGAGGCGAGCUGGACCCGUCCAGCGGUCAAGCCCAAGCAAAAAGGACCGCUGGUGGAGCUAAACCGGCACCCUGACACAUGGGGUUUCUUCAAUACGGCCAGCUCAUUUACACCGAUGAGCUACAAAACAAAGGACCGGGUCAAGUAUACACGAAUAAGUCAACUUUCACUUCGAGUGCUCACUCUUCUGGGGGCCCUCGGGUCCCUGUUCUGCUCUAUCGUUAUUAAGGGAGCUGCAACGACCGUCAUCUGGAUCAUUCGCGCUGGCCCCAUAGUUGCAAUUCUUCACACAAUAUACGGAAUUUACCACAAUUCUCGAUCUGCUCUCAACCGGCCCGCAGGUUCUCAAGCCAGCUAUGGGCUAUUUGCCUCGACUCUCGACUUCGGACUCAUCUCAUUCUACGUGUUUACUGCAUAUAUGGCGUAUGGUGAAUGGAACUCCAAUGCAUACCACUGGAAAAAUCUCUUCAAUAACAGCGACAUGACUGAAAAAAUUCCCGAGAUCACCUUCAUCCUGGCCAUCGCAAAUGGCAGCUUGCACCUCAUCUCCUUUGCCAUAUCGAUUUUCUUGGCCAUCACUUUCCGGAAGAUCUCCCGCCUGCCGCCUGACAUGAACCCACUUGAAGAUAAUCUAACUGCACGUCCCCGGAAGAGCCAUAAGGAGUCUCUGAUGGAGGAGAAACAUCUCAGCCAAUCCACCCUGGAUUCUGGCUUCGAGGAUCCGCUCAUUGGAUCUCCUCGCACCGUGCCAUUCAUGCAUACACGUGAACAAUCUUCCGGUGGUGAUUCCAACCGUGGAUCAAUGGGUAUGCUGGACGAGCAGCGGCAGUCACAUCCUUCCUUUUAUCAGCAUCGUCUAUCCCACUUGGAAUCCCCAACGGAACCUCACAUGGAUCCAUCUAGCCCCGAGACUCUAUUCCAACAAACAGCGAACCAGCCCUAUGACUUCACGUCACAGCUGCCUGCCCCGGAAUUUCGAAAAGUGGCCUCGCACGCUCCUGAAAUCAUCGAUGCCACUGCUCAAAUGCGCCAUCUGUCGUCACGUACUGCUGAUCGAUCGGAAACCGUCAGCCCGGUGUCGAAUAACUGGGUGGCAUACUCUGAACGCUCGCUGUCGCCAAUGGCCGAGACGCAGAACGGGAACGAAAACACUCUCCGCCAGUCCUCCUCUGUUUACAGCCGCCAAACCACCAAGACUACCACGUCCAACGGUAGUGGCAUUCGGGAUUGGUUUGCUUACGGCCCCAAGCCGGAGCCAAGUAUUGGAAGUGUUAUCCCAGAAGAUGUACGUGGAGAGUAUGCGUCGGUCGCCAUGCAUGAAUUCUAUGGGCUUGACGAUGGCCACCGUGAACAAGAUGUGGGUGACCAGCGCAUGGACAUAUUCCCAGACCCCGAAGACCACAGAGAUGACAUUGAUGACGAGCGUGAUGGCUCAAUUCCAUUUAACCCGCUCAUGCUUAAUCCACCAACUCCGCAACCUAUUCUGACCGAAAAGCCCGAGAACACCGAUCCCGUUCGGCGGGCUGUCUUGGGCGACAGUCCCAAUCUAUCAUACAAUCCACGGACACAGCCGGUGUCUGUUCCACACGAGAGUCCCAACCCCACUUCGCCCAAGACCCGGUUCUAUGGCGACCUUGAUGUAGAUGGCAUGCCUGGAUUGGCCGCGUCUCGCGACUCAAGCGUUCAGGUGGCUCGCAAGCCCACCAAGCUUACGAAGAAACGCAACAGCAAGAUGUCUGCUUAUGAGUCUCUCAAGAAGAAUGACAGCGACGAAGAAAAUGGAUACCUCUCAGCCAGGAAGCCUGCUUCGCCUCGUGCCACUGAAAGGGACCGCAAGGGCCGUGUCGUGAGCAACACCGGCGCAGACACUGCCCGCCCUAGCGUUGCAGCCGGAGUGGGUGCAUCUUUAUCCUCAUACGGAAGUUACAUUGCCGGUCUGGGCGUCGGACGCCGCCGCGAUGUGAGCGGCAAGGUUGCCGAAGAAGGACGCAGCGACAACUUUAUCGAUGAGCAGCCCAGCCACAAUCAGAACGAAAGCCACGGGAAGAGUACAAAUUCUUCUCCAAAUCGGGCUGCAGGAUGGGCUCGAUUUGCCGGACUUUGA